CUGAUUAUGCGAUGAUAUCGAACUGAAGAAAUGAUUGAAAUCAGAUAUUAAUGAUUAGAAAUCACGUGUCUCCUGCGCUAAAGCUAAACGCUCAUGUCACCUCUACAAACAUCUGGCAUUUCAGCUUAUUCUGCUCUGAUGUGAAGGAUGAUAAGAGUGUGUAAAUGGAGCCGUCAGAUCCUUCUCCGUUAAAGCGUUUUGUUCUGGCCAAAAAGAAGAUCUGCGAGGUUUUCGAGCAGCUGUUAGUUUACGUCCAGGAGAGCUCAGAGUUUGUAAAAGAAACUUGUGAUAAUGAGUCGCUGGAGAAUAUUGCAGACCGGAGCCAGCUGGAUCAGAUCGAGGCGUACAGCAGCAAACUGUGCACCAUUAAAGAGGUGUUAGCUCGCAGACACAUGAAGGUGGCUUUCUUCGGCAGAACAAGCAAUGGCAAGAGCACGGUGAUCAACGCCAUGCUGCGUGACCGUGUGCUGCCCAGCGGCAUCGGACACACCACCAACUGCUUCCUGAGCGUCGAGGGCACGGAUGAAGACAAGGCCUUUCUGAAGACCGAAGGGUCCGAGGAGGAGAAGAGCAUCAAGACAGUGAAUCAGCUGGCUCACGCACUACACAUGGAUGAGAGUCUGGACGCCGGCUGUCUGGUCAAAGUGUUCUGGCCCAAAACUAAGUGUGCUCUGCUGAGAGAUGACCUGGUGCUGGUGGACAGUCCUGGCACAGAUGUGACCACACAGCUGGACAGCUGGAUCGAUAAGUUCUGUCUGGACGCAGAUGUGUUUGUGCUUGUGGCUAACUCUGAGUCCACUCUCAUGAACACGGAGAAGCAUUUCUUCCACAAGGUGAAUGAACGCCUGUCAAAGCCCAACAUCUUCAUCCUGAACAAUCGCUGGGACGCGUCUGCUGCCGAACCCGAAUACAUGGACGACGUGAGGAAGCAGCACACGGACCGCUGCGUGAACUUCCUGGUGGAGGAGCUGAAGGUGGUGGAUCGAGCUCAAGCGCCCAAUCGUAUCUUCUUCGUGUCGGCGAAGGAGGUGCUGAACUCGCGGAUGCAGCGUGCGCAGGGUAUGCCAGAGACGGGAGGAGCUUUAGCUGAAGGCUUUCAGGAGCGACUGAAGGAGUUCCAGAGCUUUGAGAGAUCGUUUGAGGAGUGUAUCUCGCAUUCAGCAGUGAAAACUAAGUUUGAGCAGCACACGAUCAGAGCAAAGCAGAUCACAGAAACAGUCAAAGACGUCAUGGAUCAGAUCAACAUCGGCGCCGCGGACAAGAGGGUGCUUUCUCUGGAGGAGAGAGACUAUCUGAUUGACCGACUGGAUUUCGUUCGCAAUCAGCUCAACCUGCUCAUUCAGGACAUCAAGAAACAAAUCGAGGCCAUCACAGAGGAGGUGAAACACAAGGUGUCAGACGCCAUGGCAGAAGAGAUCUGUCGUCUGUCUGUGCUCAUAGACGAGUUUCAUGCAGAUUUCUAUCCGUCACCAGACAUGCUCAGAAUAUAUAAAUCUGAUCUUCUGAGUCACAUCGAGAAGGGCAUGGGCAAGAACCUGGCCUUCCGCUGUUCGGAUGCAGUAAACGCCUCGGUUCAGUCGUCCCAGCAGGACAUGAUGGAGUGUCUGAAGCCUCUGCUGCCCUCUGCUGUACAGAGCCAGCUGCACAUGCUCAUUCCCAGCAGGAAGUUUGAGCUCAGCUACGACCUCAACUGUGCCACCCUGUGCUCAGACUUCCAGGAGAACAUCGAGUUCCAGUUCUCUUUAGGCUGGACCGCGCUCGUCCACCGGUUCCUGGGUCCCGUCAACGCCAAACGAGCCUUGAUGCUGGUGGAUCAGACCCUACCGCUGACGGCACCCAGCACCCCUUCGGCUCCAGCGGUGGUUCAGUCUCAGAUCCCCAGAGCUCAAGGUCAGAAUCAGGCAUCUCUGGCACAGGAAGAACUCAUGAUGUCUAUGGUCAACAAUCUGGCCUCGGUCACCUCUCGCACGUCUAUGAGUGUGAUCAUCGUCGGAGGAGUGGUGUGGCGAACCGUUGGCUGGCGUCUGAUCGCUCUCUCCAUGAGUCUGUACGGCUUGCUGUACCUGUAUGAAAAACUCACCUGGACCACCAAGGCCAAGGAAAGAGCCCUGAAGAAACAGUUUGUGGAUUACGCCACCGAAAAACUUCAAAUGAUCAUCAGUUUCACCAGCUCAAACUGUAGCCACCAAGUGCAGCAGGAAAUCGCCAGCACAUUCGCCCGACUCUGUCAGCAAGUCGACAUCACCCAGAAGGAACUGGAGAAUGACAUCCAACGGCUCACCGACAAGAUCCAGAAGCUGGAAACCGUACAGAAGCGAUCCAAAGUGCUCAGACAUAAAGCCACAGCUCUGGAAAAGCAGUUGGAGGAUUUCAGCUCCCAGUAUAUUCAUCCUCAGCCUUGAUUCUGCAUUCACACGGAAACACUCGGCUUCUUUCAGAAAGUGAUGUGAUUCGGGAAAACUGUACGCCAUGUUUUUUUGGAAAUUCUCCACUUACCAGAUGUUGCGAGGAAUGCACAUUUGUAUUCUUGAAUAAAGCGUGUUCCAGUGCUGUAUUUUGGUUAAGGUUUUUCUGAAGAGAGAUUCAGUUUCACUGGAACUGAAGUUGGAAACAUCUGAAUGAUGCGAAACAAAGAAAAAAAAAACAGCUGGAAUUUGUGAAUUGGAUUUAGUUUUGCUUUUCAAGUUCUGCAUAAUGGAGUAAAACUUAAUUUCAUACCUUUUUCACAAAGCAUUUUUCUUCAGAAACAGAAAUCAUAUUUCUCCUUUUGAUCUCAAACCCCAUUUUCUAUGUUUCUUGGUAUUAGUUUCAAUGAAUCAAACCCAAAAUUCUCUUUAUGAAUUUUCCGUUAUUUUUAAACUUAUGUAAGUGUGAUUUUCCAAUGUAAAUUCCUGUAAAAAUGUAAUUCCUCCGGUGCAAUAAAAAUAUAAUUAAAUAUUA